AUGAAGGUUUUCGUCUGUAUCUUAGCGUAUUUGGCGGUCGCCAGUGCAGGAGGAGGUGGUUAUAUACCACACGGUGGUGGUGGUGGUGGUUAUGGCGGCUACGGUGGCAGUAGCUCUGCUGGAUCCUCUAGUUAUGCCAGUUCUGGUGGACUAACGCAUUCAGCAGGCGGCGGUGGUGGUUAUGGUGGCGGUGCUGGUUAUGGUGGCGGUGCUGGUUAUGGUGGCGGCGGUGGUUAUGGUGGCGGUAGAAAGUAUGCUGGUGGUUUUGGAAAAGGAGGUGGUGGAGGCGGUGGUGUUUCCCAUGUCUAUCGCAAAAGUGGUACUUUAUUAUUGAAUACUGGUUCAGGAUUGGCAGGUGCAUCGCAUUCGGCAGUUGUAUCCGGUGGUGCACCAUCGGCGGCCUAUGUCGGCGGCAGUAUUAGUUUAGGCCGUGGCCUCGGCAGCAGUGGUUGGAAAAGUGGUGUUUCAUCAAUCGGUGCUGGCGGCUAUGGUGGCGGCAGGGGUAGUGGCUUUGGUGGCGGAUAUGGCGGCGGGCGAAAAGUUGGUUUGUAUGGCGGUGGUAUUGGCGGCGGUACUUCGUAUGGCAGUGGUGGAGGCGGUGCUGGUUUUGGCGUCCCUCAAGGCGGUUAUGGUAGCGGUGGUUCUUCAUAUGGUGGUGGCGCAAGUGCCGUUGCCAGCGCUAGUGCCAGUUCUUCUGCUAACUCAUAUGGCUCGUCAGGUGCUGGCUAUGGCGGCUCCAGUGGAAGUGGUGGAUAUGGUGGAUACGGGGGAUCGCAUGGAGGCUUGGGAGGCUAUGGUGGAUCCAUUGGAAAUGGUGGAUAUGGUGGAUAUGCUGCUGGUAGUUCUUCGGCUAGUAGCAGCUCUGGCGGUUGGUGGAAAGAUUAA